AUGCCUGUUGAUCAUAGUGACCCUGUGGAAUGUUUGUUGAAACACAAUGAAGAAUUUACCAAACAAAUUAUAACUGUUCUACCUGGUAUCCAUUGUGCAAUUGGAUAUGGAUUGGCUAAUUCAAUAUUAAUCGAAGGAAACGAUGGAAAUAUUAUUGUUGAUACGCUGGAAUCGCGUGAAAGCGAAAGCGAUGAUCAAAUUGUUGUGCACAUGCCAAAUGAAAAUGUUCUAUUGGCUGCAGAUAAUAUUUACAAAGCAUUUCCAAAUAUUUAUGCCAUACGUGGAACAACAACGCGCGAUCCCAUACAAUGGAUUGCUUCGUUAGAUUUAAUGAGAAAUCUGCGCGCAGAAUAUCUAAUUCCAUCGCAUACGAAGCCAAUGGUUGGAAAAGAUGAAAUUUAUCAAACAAUUACACUCUAUCGGGAUGCGGUUCAGUUUGUUCACGAUCAAACAAUUCGAUGUAUUAAUAAAGGUUUGACACCGGAUGAAAUCAUCGGAAAUCAAUUGGUUCAAUUACCGAAGAAGCUCAAUCAACAUCCGUAUUUGCAACAAUUCUAUGGAACUGUUCAAUGGACCAUUCGUGCGGUAUUUGAUCGAUAUUUAGGUUGGUUUAGUGGAAAAACAUCGGAUUUGCACAAGGAUGCACCGAAGACGCAUGCAGAGAACUUGGUCAACGCCCAAGUUGUUCGCAAAUUUCAACAAUUGGGCGUUACUCAAGAAAAUCCGAGAACGUAUAUUUCGCGUUAUGGAAAUGAAUUACUUGAUACUGACACUCUGAUACGGCAAGUUCGUGCUGCUGGUGUAGUUGAAGAUAUCUCCAUUCCAGUGGGUAUUACAUCAGGUUCUAGUUCAAGAUAUCUUAGCUCAGAUAUCUCCUAUGGUGCUGAUGCUGAAACUACUUUAGGAAGUACUGUUAGUACUGGUUACCGAGGUGGUUAUAGUGACGACGAAAAUAGUGGUUUUCGUUCGGUAAGCUAUAAAUCGUCAUCGUACUCAUACGGUACUGGCAAUGGUUCUAAUGUUGGUUCUACUGGUUUUAGUAGUACUGAAGCCAAGUUAUAA